AUGGAACACUUUCGAUUUGAUCCUCCACUGACGCAAUUCGGCUAUUCCGUUGCGGAACGUAUAUUCUCGUCACCCGAAUUGCGAUGCGUACAGACUGCGGCUGCCAUAGCACGGACACUCAAAAUACCAUCCGUAUCGAUCUGUAUCGAACCAGCUUUAGCCGAUUGGAAGCAGCUUAUUCCUGACGGGUCCAGUAAUCACUGGCUCACCACGGAUCAGCUAAGAAAUCUUGGCUAUCCCAUUGACGAGGGAUAUAACCCGAUCCUUGACGAACUCCCAAGUACCGAAUCUCCGCAAGAGUAUCGCCAGCGACUGGACAACUUCUUUCUCGAAAUCGCAGAAAGUUCCGAAAACGUGUUGGUAAUUGUAUCGAAUGCCCCUACACUCGCAGUGGCAAUGAAGCGGCCAUGGUCCACUGCGAAGCAACUCGGUGAUGUGCCGAAAGAUCGUCCGAAAGUGCUCCCGUUCACGAGGUCUCCGUCCUCAAAGAACUUCGUUGAAUUGAACCUUUAG